AUGGAGUUGUGUGAACUCAUUCUUACUGACAGUGAACGGGUUAAAAAUGAGUUAAUAAAAAAUGGUCUAACUCAGUUAGUUGGAACUAUUUGGUUUGAUAAAAUGAUACAUAUUUGUUGUGAAAACGAUUACAAAGAGAUAUUAGAACUGUUAAUUAACUUUGAACCAAAGAAAGUAUCUUGCCUUGAUGUUGAUGGUAGAACUCCAUUAAUGAAUGCAGUUCUUAAUAAAAGUUUGAACGUUGCAUUAUUGUUAUUGACUAAUGGAGAUUGUUGUUUAGGAACUAUUGAUUCAAGUGGAAAUACAUUACUCCAUUAUAUAUCUUACUCACCAUUUACUGAUAUGAUACUGUUAUUAUGUAAAAAAUUGAUUGAAGAAUAUCCGGUAUUUAUUAAUAUGAAAAAUUUGAAAGGAGAAACUCCUCUUCAUAUUUCAGUCAAGAUGGGAAAUAUUGAGUUUGUCGAUUUUCUUCUUUAUAAUGGUGCUAGAGUAGAGGAUAAAACUUUUGAUGGUAAAAGUGUUAUGGAAUAUGCUUUUUUUGCUAAAAAGAAUUCAGGAAAUAUUAUACAAAAGUUACAGAAUUAUCAAGACUUAAUAAAUUAUAAAGAAAAUAAAGAACAAAAAGAAAAUAACUUUGAAAAAUAUAACGUUGUUAUCCAUAAAACAAAAACUCCAUUAUUUAACUUUACUUUGUUUAAAACCAAAGAACAGCUAAGAAAAGGAUAUGAAAAUGACUUUAAAGUUUUACUUGAUUCAUUUCAUCUAAACGAAAAAAUGACAAUUCCUCUUGACUCAUUUAACAGAAAGAAAAAGUUUAGAAUGAUUUCUAUUGAUGGUGGAGGAAGUAAAUGUAUUUUACAGGCUCUAAUACUUGCACGGUUAGUUACUAAAUUUCCAAGAUUAUUAGAAGAAGUUAAUUUGUUUUGUGGAGUAUCAGCAUCAAGUUUCAUUUGUGCUGACUUAGCUCUUGGGAUAGAACCACAAGACGUUGCAAAGAUUAUGAUAGAAAUGACAAAACAUAUGUUUGAAAAGAAAUCACGAGGAUAUACAGAAUCCUUAUAUUCAAACACAUAUAUUAUUGAUGUUGCUCAUAUAACUUAUGGAGAAAAGAAAUUAACUGAUCUUAAACGAAAUAUUCUAAUAAACGCUUUUCAAUUUGAUUCUGGAGAAAAUAAUCCAAAUAGAUGUUGUAAAGCUUGUGUAUUCAAUAAUUUUAUUUCAGGACAUGACUGUAAAAUUGCAGAUGCAUGUUUACGAUCUUCUGCUGCUGUUGGUUAUUAUCCACCAUAUCAAGGAUAUGCUGAUGGAGGAAUCUUUGAAAAUAAUCCAUGUGUUUGUGCCUUUCCAUAUGUAUUUGGUGAUAAAGGAUUUAAAGCUGAUAUCCAAAAUACUGUUUGCCUUUCUAUUUCAUCUGGAAGACCACCAAUUAAUUAUAUGGAUAGAAAUAAAUAUACUGAUGUUGGAAUGUUUCAGCUAUUACCAAUUACAAUGGAUGGAUUCUUUUGGAGUAGAAAAUCGAUGGCAGAUGAUGUUGCAAAAGGUUUUUUAGGAGAACGUUAUAUGAGAUUUGAUCCAGUAUUACCAGACAAUCUUGAUUUAGAUUGUAAUGAUCAAAUUGAUAAGAUAAUUGAAAUUGGAAAUACUGUUGAUAUUACCUCAAUAGAAGAUUGGAUUAAAAAGUAUUGGCUUUGA